AUGGCUGCUUCCGAUGGUACGUGCGCGCAGACGAAGCAGCAUGGUCCAGAGACGGGCGGCACCAUAAAGCCCGAGGGCGUCCUCAGCGAGCCAGACGCCGACAAGCUCGGCCGGCGGCUGCACAAGUCAAUGAAGGGCGUCGGCACCGACGAACGUGUCAUCAUCGAGAUCCUGACCAAGCACAGCGCCGCAGAUCGCAAGACUAUCGGCUCCUGCUACAAGAUGAAGUUUGGACGGGACCUGAAGGAUGACCUGAAGGCGGAGCUUGGAGGCAACUUCGAGUCGGCCGUGCUGGCGCUGUGCGAGUGGGACAACCAUUACCUGGCGCAGUGGUGCCGAAAGGCCAUUCGGGGCCUCGGCACCGACGAAAGCACGCUCAUCGAAAUUCUCUGCUGGCUGCAAGCGGGAUAUGGUGGCGCAGGUGGACGCCGCCUACAAAUACCGCAUGGCUCCACCACAGAGUUUCGCCGCUCGCUGGAGGAAGACAUCGAGUCGGAGAUGGGUGGCGACGUCAAGCGCCUGAUGGUUGCGCUGCUGCAGGACGGCAGGGAAAACGACGACGUCGGCGUCAGCCCGCAGCGCACCAAGGAUCUGGCCCAGGAGCUGUAUGAGGCAGGAGAAGGCAUGAAUGGCGGGACAGACGAGGAGACGUUUAUCCGGAUCUUCUGCACAACGAACUACCCCCAGCUCAAGAAAACGUUCGAGGAGUACAACAAGUUUGCGGAUAAUUCGAUAGAAAAUGCCAUCGAGAAGGAGUUUUCAGGAGCCCUGAAGGAUGCUCUUGUGGCUAUCGACUUGGAGGACAUAAAGGAGGCCUUCAAGAAGGCCUACAAGAAGACGCUGGCCGAGGCGGUCACGUCAGAGACAUCCAGGGACUACCAGAAGAUACUGCUGGCCAUCAUCAAGUAA